UCAGAUUACCUACCUGUUGCUGAUGGUGAAGUGUGAAAUCAAGAAUAACUGCAGUCCGGUUUUACAAGUUCAUUAGUUUCAAUCCUUGUAUAGUUUGAAAGCAGCAAAGAAAUUAAUUAGACACGUGCCGCCAAAUGCCAGAACCGACCGUUUCAAUAAUUUGAUCAUUUUUCAACGUUGUAGCUCACCCACCAACCAUCUUUGUACACCUGUUCUGAAUUAUGAUCUCCAUAAAAUUUUCUUCAUCUACCAAUCCGUUCUUCUUUAAUAAGGAUCCCAAUGACAGUUACAUUGUCAAUUUGAUUUUCUUGAAAUAGAAUUUCCACUUCCACUAAUUUGCACAUAUGGCUCCCAUUUUACUUUCCUCCGCUUUCGCUUUGCUGUUACUGUUUGUCGUAGAGCUUCAUGGCUCUACAGUGUCUGCUCGAGUUAUCUUGGGUUCAAGGUUGUUAGCUAAAGAGAACCAAGCAUGGUUUUCUGACAACGGAACUUUUGCUUUUGGCUUCACCCCAACAGUGCAUUCGAAUGAUCAAUAUCAGUUGGCGAUUUGGUUUGCGCAACUUCCAGGAGAUCGAACAUUGGUUUGGUCUCCUAAUAUAAAUCCCCCAGUCAGCAAAGAUGCAAUCUUGGAGUUUGACACCACAGGAAAUCUCUUGUUGAUGGAUGGAGACACCGCAGUGUGGACAUCAAACACCUCGGAAGCAGGCGUAGAGUUGGCUGUCAUGUCCAAAAAUGGCAACUUCAUUCUCUACAGCACCAACCUAAGUAUUGCAUGGCAAAGCUUUUCACAUCCAUCUGAUACUCUCUUGCCUGGUCAAUCCUUAGCAGUUUCACUAGAAUUAACAUCAUCAAAAUCACCUUCUCAUGGGGGUUACUACACUUUAAAAAUGUUACAGCAGCCUACUUCACUAAGCCUUGCAUUGACCUAUAUUGUGCCCAGUAAGUCCUAUGAUUCGUCGCCUGAAUUUUACAGCAAUUUUUCUUAUUGGUCAGGACCCGAAAUAUCAAAUGUCACUGGAGAUGUUAUUGCAGUAUUGGAUAAAGCAGGAAGCUUUGGUAUAAUUUAUGGCUCAUCUUCAGAUGGAGCAGUUUAUGUAUAUAAAAAUGAUGACGAUUAUGGAGGACUAUCAUCGGCUGUAAAUCAGACGAAUUCCUACGUGUCAUCUGUUCUUCGUCGAUUAACCCUUGAGGUUAAUGGAAAUUUACGUCUAUAUCGAUGGGAUAAUGAUAUGAAUGGAUCAAGGCAAUGGGUUCCAGAGUGGGCAGCUGUGUCCAAUCCAUGUGAUAUUUCUGGAAUUUGUGGCAAUGGGAUAUGUAAUUUAGACAGAAGCAAAACAAAUGCUUCUUGCACAUGUUUGCCAGGGACCAGUAAGGUGGGAAAUAAUGAUGUCUCAUGUUCAGGAAAUUCUUUACUGACAGGGAAAUGUGGACCUCGGCAUGAAAACUUGACAUCCCAGUUCAAGAUUUCUACGGUUCAGAAAACUAAUUAUUAUUUCUCAGAAUCAUCUGUCAUAGGAAAUUAUAGUGACAGAGGGACUGUGACCAAAUGUGGUGAUGCUUGCUUAUCAAACUGUGAUUGUGUUGCUUCUGUUUAUGGACUUAGUGAGGAAAAGGCUUAUUGUUGGUUACUUAGGAGCUUGGAAUUUGGUGGAUUUGAGGAUCCUGUUUCAACCUUAUUUGUGAAGGUUGAGGCCAAUGCCUCAGUAUCUGGAGCAACUGGUAACAGAACACCCGGGAAUUCAUCAGAUGAGUCGGAGAGUGGGCACGAUAAGGUUUUGAUACUUCCUAUAGUCCUGAGUAUGAUUGUUCUAAUUGGGCUUCUCUGUUGUUUAUUAUAUAUCAAUAUCCAUAGGAAAAGAUCGCUAAAGAGGGCUCUUGAGGGAUCCUUGCUCUUGUCGGGAGCUCCAAUUAGUUUCAGCUACCGCCACCUACAAUGUUGGACUAACAAUUUUUCUGAGUUACUUGGAACAGGUGGAUUUGGCAGUGUAUACAAGGGAAGCCUAAAAGAUGGAACCUUGAUUGCAGUAAAGAAACUUGACAAAAUUUCACGUCAUGGAGAGAAGGAAUUUAUAACGGAGGUCAAAACCAUUGGCUCUAUGCAUCAUUUGAACUUGGUUCGUCUAUGUGGAUACUGUUCUGAGGGAACCCAACGGCUACUAGUUUAUGAGUACAUGAAAAAUGGUUCAUUAGAUAAGUGGAUAUUUCAUUCAAUUAGUACAAGAAAUAGACUACUAGAUUGGGUGUCACGUUUCCGCAUAGCAGUUGACACUGCACAAGGGAUAGCCUAUUUUCACGAGCAAUGUAGGAACAGAAUAAUACAUUGUGACAUCAAACCAGAAAACAUACUUCUGGAUGAGAAUUUCUGCCCUAAAGUAUCUGAUUUUGGACUAGCUAAGUUAAUGGGGAGAGAGCACUCCCAUGUUGUCACAAUGAUCCGAGGAACCAGAGGUUAUUUAGCACCCGAGUGGGUCAGCAAUCGACCUAUCACCGUAAAAGCUGAUGUUUACAGCUACGGCAUGCUUCUUCUAGAAAUCAUUGGUGGUCGGAGAAAUCUUGAUAUGACUUGUGAUGCAGACGACUUCUUUUAUCCUGGAUGGGCUUACAAGGAGAUGACUAGUGGAACACCUGUAAAAGUUGUAGAUAGGCGACUUAGAGGAGUAGAAGAAGAAAAAGAGGUAAUGAGAGCAUUGAUGGUUGCCUUCUGGUGUAUUCAGGAUGAGGUGUCAAACAGGCCUUCCAUGGGGGAAGUGGUAAAGAUGUUGGAAGGAUCAGUUGACAUGAAUAUGCCACCAAUGCCACAGACAGUUUUGCAGUUAAUAGAGGAAGGGUUGGAUCAAGUAUACAAGGCAAUGAAGAGGGAGCUCAAUCAGUAUAGUUCCUUUUCUAUUGCUACUCAUCCAUCAUCUUAUGCUACAUACAGUCACUCCACUAUGUCACCUAGAUAGUUGAAGGUGAAAAGGAACACAUACUUUUUCUUAGGCUUACCCAAUUGUAUCAGCAUUGAUUAUUCAUUCCCCUUCUCCCAAGAGAAGUACCCAAAAACACUCUUCUAUCAUCUGUUGCUACAACACCAUACA